AUGCUCGCAUGUUGCGUAAUUUUCGUUGCCGUUGUUCCCCUACUCCCGCUCGGCCUUGUUCUAGCCGAACGGAAAGUUUCCGCACAUAUCCAAGAUCGGGUUGGACCGAUGCGAGUGGGACCGCACGGUAUCCUUCAAACCUUAGCCGAUGGGGUUAAGCUCAUUUUCAAGGAAGACCACAUCCCGCGAGAGGGAGAUAAAUUUCUCUUUGUGGUUUCACCAUACAUUAUCUUCGCCUGCUCCUUUGCUGUAUUUGCCGCAAUCCCGUUCGGCAGAUCUAUUCUGGUCAGUGAAUUAAACAUCGGUAUCUUUUAUAUCAUGGCAAUCUCCUCCGUCAUUGUGAUGGGCGUGAUUAUGGCAGGUUGGGCUUCCAAUAGCAAAUGGUCACUGCUUGGGGCGAUGCGGUCUGCCGCCCAAAUCGUCAGCUAUGAAAUUCCAAUCGGUCUCGGCAUUUUAUCAGUUGUCAUGCUAGCGCAGACCCUGAAUAUGCAGGAAAUCGUCAAAGGACAAGACGGGAUAGCGAAUUGGCUAAUUUUUCGGACGCCGUUCACCUUCAUUGCAUUCUUCGUUUUCUUCAUAUCAUCUAUUGCUGAAGUCAACCGAACCCCGUUUGAUCUCCCCGAAGCAGAAUCUGAACUGGUCGCUGGUUUUCAUACCGAAUAUAGCGGUAUGCGUUUCGCGCUGUUCUUCAUCGCCGAAUACGCGAAUAUGUUCGCAGUCAGUGCAAUCGCUUCAACGCUAUUCCUCGGCGGUUGGCACGGGAUUGUGACCCGCAGAGCGAUUACCCUCGGUGGGCUCUUGGGUGUAGUGAUCAAAACACUUUUCUUGGUGUUCGUCAUGAUGUGGAUUCGCUGGACGCUGCCGCGCCUGCGUGUGGACCAGUUGAUGAACCUAUGCUGGAAGUAUUUUAUACCAAUCUCAUUUUUCAAUAUUUUGGGUGUCGGAAUCUGGGGAUUGAUUUUCCCGAAAGAUUCGCGAUUAAGUAUCAUUAUCAGUAUUGCUGCUAUUAUACUUGGACUCAUUUUCACGUUUGGCGUGCUAGGUAAGAGUUUAUCUAAGGGACCUAAACCACCGCCAAGUUCGGCGGAGAGGCGAGUUUCUGCUACAACAUAG